GAUACUGUAGGUUUUUUUUUGUUUGUUUUGUUUUUUCCUUCAUUGCUCUCUGCCAAAGUCCGUCUUCCCUCCAGGGGCAUAGCUGAGCCUCAUAUCUGCUUUCUUGCAGUGGUCUUACUCAUCUAGAUUUAUCAAACGCAGCCUCUUUUUGAUCCUCCCUCUCCGUUCCCCUCUCCCUCCCGCCAAAGUCAUACGGUAUCGUUAAGAGCAGAAGAAGCGUAUAGACUUGAGUCAAAAAGAAAGUAUUUGAAGAAUCGUCUUCAAUUACAACUUUUCACUUUCAUCUGUCCAGGACGUUUGGGCUGUUUGAAGUUCUCAGAAAUUGAGGUUUGCGUCAUGUCAGGGUUAAAAGCAAAUGGCUGUGUACAGGGUCGGAAUAUUCCAAACCUUCUUUAAUCAAAGUUAAAAACCACGUCGGACCCAAAGUGUUUGUAUGUGUUGGAGUAUAACGGGUAUGUUGCAAUGUGGUAGGAUAUGGUUCGAUUUUGAGUGCCAUUAAAUUUGCACAUUAGCCUCAUUUACCUCCGUGGGUUCAUGUCCUAAAAUUUAAUUUAAAAAAAAAUCUAAAUCUUUAAAUCCAUGAUCUAGUAUAAACAGUGCCUUGCAAAGUAUUCAUACCCACUGAUCUUUUUCAUUAGCACGUUUUACAAACAGUGUAUUUUACUUGGAUUUCAUGACAGAAGAAUUUGUUGAAUACAUGUAAAGCAGAAGGAAAAUUAUGCUUUCUGUUCUUUUAGCUAAGAAAAAUCUGAAAAUUGUGGAGUUCAUUUACAUUCAGCGCAUCUGAAUCUUUACUUUGCAGAACUACUUUUCACUUCCUUUACAGCUUUUGGUUUUUUUUUUGGGUAUGUCUCUUCUAGCUUUGCAAAUCUAUUGACUGAAUUUCUUGCCCAUUUUCCCCCUCAACAAAUUUCAAGUCUAGCCACUGUUUCUCAGUUUUAUUUAGGUCUAAACAUAAAGAUCUUUUGCUUUAUGUCUUGAGUUGUUAUCCUGUUGGAAGACAAACAUCUGCCUCCGUUUCAAGUCUUCAUCUCCCCCAAAAAGUGUAUUUACAUUCAUCCAUCUUCUUAUUUCCUUUGACCAACUUUUCUGUUCCCAAGAAAGGCAAACAUCCGCACAGCAUGACACUGCCACCACCAUAGUUUAAGAUGGUGAUGUUGUGUUCAGUGACAGUUUUCUAUCACACGGUUUUGCAUAUUGGCCUAUGAGUUCAGCUUUUUUUCCUCUUCUGACCAGAGGACUUUGCUCCUCAUGUUUGCUGUGUGCCCUGUAUGGCAUGUAGCAAACAAGAAGCAAGACUUUUAACAGUGGCUUUCUUUAAGGCAGCAUUUGUUGAGUUUGCAACUAAUAGUUGACGUUUCGCAGUUUACAAGUUGGAAAAGAUAAUAAAGGAGGAUUUUUACAGCAUGAUAAAAGUUCAAGAAAUAUAAACACUUUUGCAAGUCAUUAUAUAGUUGGAGGCCAUUUUAGAGUUUUUCUCGCACUCUAGCUUAUUUUUGAAUCUGUGUGUGUGCGUGUGUGUGCGUGUAUAUGUUGGGGAAAGUGUUGGCAAAGACAGCCGUGUUGUUUAAAUGCCUUUUUUUUGUAGAGUGAACUGAUGCUGGUGGGGUUUUUCUUUUCUUUUCUUUUCCUUUGGGAGUAUCGUGUCUGUUACCUGUCGUCUAUUUAGCCUGUACAUUCAGAUAUGAACCUAAUAAACAUGUCAAAAAAAAAAGGAAGAAACUUGAGCGUCUGUUUGUCUCGCUCACCACUCGGGGCCUGUUGUCUCAUUCACAAAACAAAUAAAGCCAGGAUGUGGAGAACAGGACUCCCAUGUUCUUGUUUACAUCAGGUUCAGGUGGAUUAGGUUGCGUCUCAUCCACAUUUGUGCUACACCCUCAUAUCAUCUCCAUCAUAAAGCUGCCUCUCAUUUAUUUCAAGCUGUGCUUCAGACCCCUUUCCUGUGCUCCUGCACGUCUCGUAUUAGCUAUUUUCAUCUUGUAAUCUUAUCUAGAUAUCAUUCGCGGGUGUGUGUCUCCAUUCCACUGCUUGUCAUCGCAUUCCUACAUAACUCUCGCAAAUAUACCAAUCCCACAUCCAGCUUCCCCCGCUGCUUCUUUACCCUCUCCUUCUCUCCCGCAGUUUUCCAAAGAUUUUUUUUUUUUUUUUUGGCAAAACUUUUGCACCAUUAGUUUUGUCAUCUGUACCUGGCUGUUCCAUCUGUGAAGCGUCCGCUCAUGUGAAGCGAGUGGGAGGGAAGGAAGGGGAGGAAGGCGGAGUUGUUUUGUACUUUUAUGGGUUGUAGAGAAACCUGCCUGUCUGCUUCGAACGGAGAGAGGAGAGAAGGAGGAGCCUGCUGGGUGUGGGACUCCAGACAAAGGAGACAUAAACACACUGACACUGGAGAAGUGGAGCAAAAAAAAAAAAAAAAAACUGAAAGAGACAGCUGGAAAGCGUCAUUUUGCCUGAACUCCAACUGUAAUUUGGGAAACAUCUUGAAGAAGGGAUUUAUUUGGAGUGUGUGUGAGAGCUGUGUGAGCCUGUUUGCAAAGCUACUGAGGUAUGUUUGUGUUGGAGCUGGACUUUACGUAUCCUGCCCACAGUGUGCAGAAGUGUGUGGGUUAGUGUGUUUGGGAUGGAAAAGUGGGGCUGGCUCAGCAAACAGCUCUGCUCUUAGCUUUACGCCAUGGGGGGCUGCCACAGUUACCCCUCGGCUACAAAGGUGGACACCAAGACUCCUCAGCCGUCUGACAUCCACAAUGAGAAACUCGGAAUCAACAACAAUAACCAGGAGGAGUGCCCGUAUCUGCAGCGGCAAAACGCUUGCCAGAGGAUCACAGACGCCAAUAUGUUUGCCCUCAUAUCAUUGCCGCCUGGCAUGGACAAAGCAGAGUGGCUGGCCAGCAACACUGUGGCUUUUUUCAAGCACAUAAACCUGUUCUCCAGCGCUCUGUCAGAGUUCUGCACUCCCAGCACCUGCCCAACCGCCUGUGGACCAGGCAACAUGGUCUACUUUUGGACCGAUGACCACGGCAGGAAACUGAAAUGCUCUGCUCCACUUUACUUUGACUACGCCAUGUCGUACAUUCAAGAGCUUCUGACUGACGAAGACGUGUUCCCCACUAAAGCAGGUGCAACGUUUCCGACGGGAUUCAUCUUCCUGGUCCAGAAGGUCUUCCUGCUGCUUUUAAGGACCCUGGCUCACAUUUACUGGUCUCACUACAGCGAGGUCCUCGCUCUGGACCUGCACCCACACCUCAACACUCUUUUCUCCCACCUGACUCUUUUCUGCCAGCAGCACUCACUCCUGGAGCCUGAAGACAUGAAGCCUUUGCAGGAUCUUAUUACCGCUCUGGAGCGGCACGGAUGAAACGCUCGAAUUUUCCCUACUGUUGCUUAUUUAUUGGUUUCAGUCUGUAAUAUCAGACUCUUCUUUGUAGAACUCCAAUAUGUCAUAGCUUAGAUUUUUUUUUUUUUUUAAGACAAGUCUGGAAGAUGUAAAAUGCCAAGAUGAUAUGAGAGUUAUGCUUCCAGUUGGGAGCUCAGUUAUUCAGUUAUUGUAUUUUUUUUUAUCAUUAAAUCUAUAUUGCAUGUUGUUUUUUAGCAUAACUGUUCAUUUUUUUAUUGUCGUCAUCCAUACCUUCUUUCAUGUAAGAUUCAACUUAAAUGUUAUUUCAAGAGUUAAUCUUAGCCAGCCAAAUGGAGAUGUUGCUGCACUAGGAUUCUUGAGGUCCGCACAAGAGUGAGGUGUGGAUAAACGUUCAUCUCUGCAGAUUAAGAUUUUGCUCAAUCUUUGUAUAAAGAUUUGUGAGAAAAGAUUGUGACAUGAUGAGCGACUGAAUGCUUUUUAUUAAAAGAAAUUCUUAUGUGAAAUUCUGGACUUAUAACAGUUUGGUGUUGUAAACUGGAGGAUACCUGAUUUUUUUUUUCUGCUCCCUUUUUGUUUCUUUAAUUUCAGAUUUUGGAUUUUAGCAUAAAAACAAUGCAAAGUGGUGCCAUCCAUCUUUUAUGUAACUGUGCACAAACCACUUUAUCCUAGGUUUAUUGAGACAUUUCAGUAUCCAACCCUGAUUCAUUACCAAGAUCCCAUAAAAUAAAAUAGAAAUUCCUUUAUUGCCCCACAGUGGGGGGAAUCUUUCAAGCCCUUACCAACUUUUUCAACAAUUUUUUUUCUCUCUUUUGUGAUAGAGCUUAAAGAAAUUAUUUAUGACCACCAUGCAUAUUUUUAACCCGUCUGUGCCACUAAAAAAAUAAGGAUUUUGAAAAAAUAUGUUGUUUCUUAGUUAUCUUGCAAAAUAAACUUUAUAAGCAUAACUGAAAGUUAAAUACAUUUAUGUUGUAUAUCUUAUCUGUGGUAAAUCGCUAUUCAUAGACUGUAACUGUUUACCACAGGUAAGAUGUUGAUUCCUUGCAUGAAUUGAGUUUAUGAAAAAAAAUACUUUGUAAGAAUGCAAAAUAAAAGAAAUGUGAUUUCUG